UUCCAUAGGGGAGAGCGAGAUUGCAAGCGGUUCGGAGGGGGGUGCGUUGCUCAGGCAGGACCGAGGAGGAAUCACAGCAGCCCCGGCUGGGACUGCCAUACCCGACCCGCUGGAUCCCCGGAGGAACAGAGAGAACACGUCGCCCAAGGGAGAGGAGCUCUGUUCAGGCUGUAGGAUGUUCUCGUCAGUGAAGGCCUUCGAGGGGCAGCAAUACUCCACCCUGAAGAGGCAAUGCCUUGCCAGUGGCCUUCUGUUUGAAGACCCACACUUCCCCGCCUUGGACGACACCCUCUUCUACCAGGGCAACAGGAUUGGACGCGUGCACUGGAAAAGACCCCAGGAGCUCUCUGAGGACCCUCACCUGUUUGUGGAUGGGAUCAGUGCGCACGACUUGCACCAGGGCCAGCUGGGAAACUGCUGGUUUGUGGCAGCGUGCUCCAGCCUGGCCUCCAGAGAGUCCCUGUGGUCUAAAGUCAUCCCAGACUGGAAAGAGCAGGAGUGGGACACGGAGACACCCGAGUCGUACGCCGGGAUCUUCCACUUCCGCUUCUGGCGCUUCGGUGAGUGGGUGGAUGUGGUGAUCGACGACCGGCUUCCCACGGUGGACAACCAGCUGGUCUACUGCCACUCGGAUGACAGCAACGAGUUCUGGAGCGCACUGGUGGAGAAGGCCUAUGCCAAAGUGUACGGCUGCUACGAGGCCCUGGAUGGCGGGAACACAGCGGAUGCCCUGGUGGACUUUACAGGGGGCGUGUCGGAGCCCAUGGACCUGCUGGAGGGCCAGAUGGCCACUGACGAGGUGGCCCGCAACCAGCUGUUUGAGAGGGUGCUGAAGGUCCACAACCGGGACGGCCUCAUCAGCUGCUCCAUCCGGGCGACCACAGUGGAGGACAUGGAGGCACGGCUAGACUGUGGCCUGGUCAAGGGCCACGCAUACGCAGUGACGGACGUGAAGAAGGUGCGUCUGGGCCAGGGCCUGCUGGCAUUCUUCAAGUCAGAGAAGCUCAAUAUGAUCCGCAUGAGGAACCCCUGGGGAGAGAAGGAGUGGAGCGGGCCCUGGAGCGACAGCUCAGAGGAGUGGAAGAAGGUGAGCAAAAGUGAGAGAGAGAAGCUGGGCGUCACUGUGCAGGAUGACGGAGAAUUCUGGAUGACGUUUGACGACUUCUGCCAGUACUUCACGGACCUGAUCCUGUGCCGCCUCAUCAACACGUCUUAUCUGAGCAUCCACAAAACAUGGGAGGAGGAAGUGAUGAGGGGCUCCUGGGUCCCCCGCCAAGACCCUCUGAGGAACCGCUCUGGGGGAUGCAUCAACCACAAGGCCACCUUCCUCCAGAACCCACAGUAUGUGUUUGAUGUGAAUAAGGUGGAGGAUGAGGUGUUGAUAGCCCUGCAGCAGAAGGAGAGAAGAGCCACCACCAAAGAGGGCAAAGGAGAUAACCUGGCCAUAGGCUUCGACAUUCACCGGGUGGAGCUGAACAGAAAGUACCGCAUGCACACGGCCCAGCAGAAGGUGGCGGGCUCCAUCUACAUCAACUCGCGCUGCGUCUUCCUCAGGAAGGAGCUCAAGGAGGGUCGCUACGUCAUCAUCCCCACGACUUUUGACCCCGGGCAGCAGGGCGACUUCCUGUUGCGGGUCUUCACCGACGUGCCUUCAGACUGCAAAGAGUUGAACCUAGAUGAGCCCCCACAGACGUGUUGGACGGGCAUGUGUGGUUACCCCCAGCUGGUCACCCAGGUCCACGUUCUGAGUGCUGAGGGACUCCAGGGCCAGGACUCUAAUGGAGCCUCGGACCCGUACGUCAUCAUCACCUGUGAGGGAGAGAGAGUGCGCUCGCCGGUGUACAAGGACACGCGGAGCCCCAACUUCGAUGUCAAAGGCCUGUUCUACCGCAAGAAGCCCAAGGAAGGCAUCCACAUUGAGAUCUACAAUAAGAACGUAAUUGUGGAUACCUUCCUGGGUCAGGUGACCCUGUCCAGUGACCCAAACGACCGGCAGGAGCAGCACACACUCCACCUGCGCGACAAGGGCAAUCGCCAAGACAACGACCUCUCGGGCACGGUCACCGUGCGCCUCAUCACCUGCAUCACACUCAUCAACAUAUGACGUCACAACCACCGUCGUCGCCGCUCUCGCCAUGAGAUGUCAAAGGAGCUUGACCUUUGUCAUCUUGACGACCUUUCGCCCCCCUAAACCGAGCAUGUCAGUUAAACGGUUAAUCCCCCCCCUACACCUUCUCCACCCAACCCAACACCCCCUUCAACAUAUACACACAGCUUUCUUUCUUUCUUUCUUUCUGACUCUUUCUCUCACUCUCACUGUUACACACACACACACACAAACACACAGGCCAUGUCUGAGUUCCAAAUAGUAGGCUGAUUGGGUAUGCGAAAAUAUAAAGUUUUAUAGUAUGUGAAAUAUUGAACGUUUUGUUUGCUUUAAAUGCCAGGAUGUCAUACUCAUUUAAUCUUUCCAUCUAGUAGAAUUCACUGCACACUAUUGAGGAAGAGAAGUGUCUUUUCAGACCCACGUAGGUGUGACAACAGCCGAUAAACCGCUGAUAAUCAGCUACCAAAAUGAAAGAAUGGUGGGAAACAAAGCAAUUGUGCGUUCAUGUCACAUUCUCAGUAUGGGUGAGCCUGGUAUGUUGUUUUUUUUAAGCUUACUGCCUACAUAUACUAAACAGUACAUUCUAAAUAGUAUGAAGUAUGACUAGUACACAGUAUGUAUAUCGUUUUAGUAAGUAGCAAGACUACUCUCUACAUGCCUUCAACUCACACACACACACACACACACUUUUAACAUGCUCCUGCACCCCUCAUGCAUCUGCCAGCGUCUCUAAGGGCUAUACAUCGCCUUAAGGCUGAGUGGGUCCCUUUAGGAGCCUGUGACCAGCCAUAUGUCAGGUGGGAGGGGGGUCAUUGUAUUGGGUGGUACACUGGGUGUAGCCUUGCCUCCUCCCCCCUCCAUCACAUCUUUCUCCUCUUCCCACUCCCAUCCCCUCAGAAUACGUUACCCUUCGCUUCUACAGGUUGCCAUGGACAAAAUAGCAAAAAGAUUCUGCCUGCAUUGCACACGCCCCGUUUACACACAAAUGUUUUAUUUAAUUUACCUUUAUUUAACUAGGCAUCACACUCUUAGCUUAGCAACCGGCGCUUUUGAUAUGCUCCAGUGGAGUGCCAUGUUCAAGUGCUUUACGGGACCAAAGACGGACCAGGCCCUCCUUCCCUCUCUCUUUUGCCGGCGGCAGUUGCCACUGUGCCACGUCAGUCGGUCAUCUCUAUGGCAACGCCACUGCCUGACGCUUCCUAAGUCAUGGGACUCCUGUCAAUUGACCUGAAUCGCGUGAACUGAGAGACACAGCAGCUGUUGUCCCUGUGUGUGUGUGUGUGUGUGUGUGUGUGUGUGUGUGUGUGUGUGUGUGUGUGUGUGUGUGUGUGUGUGUGUGUGUGCAUUCGUACGUGUUAUGCCUGCGCCUUUGAACAUCAUGCACCUCGCCUGGCUCUGACAGGCUCACGGACACGGCUGGAUGGAGGGAUGAGCGGAAGAAGAGAGAGAAGAGGCAGGAAAUCCAUCAGUCGACUCCUGCCAAAAACAGCGUGCCAUAGCCUUGUUCCUGGCUCUGACUCUGUUGUGACUCGAUACCGCUAUUCCCGACCGGAACACAGUUUGGAUUAGCAUCAUUUUAAACUAUUUGAAAUUGUAGUGUGAAAAGAGUGGGUUUUUGUCUGGCCAAGACAGAGACUAUCACAUCAUUCAGAAGCAUCACUGGUACAGUCCCCAAAACCGUUAGCAUCUCUUCUCACGUAGAUGAUGUCGCGCUUUCUCUUUUGACCUGCUUUCCACAGGCUAUUUAUCUCCCUUUGACAGUGGCAAGCGGCGGAGAAAGAAGAUAUACAAGGAGAUACAAGCCCCAAACGCUAUGUUGUCCAUUAUCUUUUCAAAAGUGCAAUAUGAUUGCAGAGACUUUUCUAGAGCAGGAUCUGACGUGGGAUCCCACGUACGUUAAAGAAUCAUUCCAGAGACAUUUUAUUUUUUUGAAUGUAAUGCGGAGAGCUUUCGACCGACCGAUCUCUCGCUUUCUCUUUAUCGAACCAUCAAUCCCGUUUACUUGUUUAUGUGCUUGUUUCAAUGCCUUUUCUUUUUUUUGCAUUACUCGAACAACAGCGGCAUUUAUUGCAUUUGAUUUAUUUAUUGCAUUAUCACAGUUUAUAUAUUUAUAUAUUUAGUGAAUUAAUGUGUCUCGCAUAGAUCAUUUUUAAUGAUAUGUACAUGGCCUUGUAUUGUUCUUCCAUUGUUACUAUUUUAUAUUUUCUAUCUUCAGUGUGGGAAACAAAUGGUCGUGUUUAAGAAUCAGCAUGUUUACACUAUUGCACCUCAUAUCAAUGUCAUAUCAAGAUGUUUAAAAGGGUCACUUUUUAAGGUACUGAUCAGUGACAUCCACCAUUCAUAACAAUAUGUUUUUACUAUUUACUGUCAUUCGUUGCUUCAAAUGACGAAAAUGCCAUUCAGGUGCUGUGUGACAUAUGUAUUUCCUUCUAUGUUGUUCAGUUGCAGACUAAGACAGAGAGACUAAACUGGUUGCUAAAAAAAACAACUCUGAAAGGGAUAGUUCAUGCUAAAUCUAUUUUUGUGUCUGAAGGCCCAUAGCGACAGAAUCUGCCAGUAGUUAGCAUAAUUAGAAUCGUCCAAAUUCAUUCAUGUAAACAGCGGUGCCGAUAUUGGCAGAGCUGCUUUGCAAGCCGAAACUUCAAACUGUCUUGUUAUAAGGCAAUAUGUUAUACAAGUAACAUAUAGUAACAAAAACUGAAACAAAAAAUAGAAACAAAAAUUGGACAAACAAUUUAGUAAACUGAAAUAAAAUAAUUCAGAAAAACAUUUUUAAACCUACAUGACCAAAAGUAUGUGGAUACCCGCUCGUUGAACCUCUCAUUCCAAAUCAUGGACAUUAAUAUGGAGUUGGUGCCCCUUUUCUGCUAUAACAGCCUCCACUCUUCUGGGAAGACUUUCCACUAGAUGUUGGAACUUUGCUGGGGGGACUUCCAUUCAGCCACAAGAGCAUUAGUAAGGUCGGGCACUAAUGUCGGGCGAUCAUGUCUGGCCCGCAGUCAGCGUUCCAAUUCAAUGUGGUUGCGGUCAGGGCUCUGUGCAGGCCAGUCGAGUUUUUCCACACCGAUCUCGACAAACCCUUUCUGUAGGGACCUCGCUUUGUGCACGCGGGC